AUGUGGCGCGAACAACACGGCAGGUACCUCCCCAAGAGCGAGGCGGGGCGGCCCGUGUCGCCCCGUCCCAUCCCGUCCCAUCCCGUCCCCGGUGGCGGCGGCCCCUUCCCCAUCCCGGGCGGCGGCACCUGGCUGGCGGCGCCGCAGAGGCAAAGUUCUCCGCGACGAAGGGGGCGACCUUUGCCACAGCUGGACCUGGGCCACCCGCGUUGCGUAACGCAAGUGGGUGAUGCCUCGGGUGGAACUUUCUUGGGGUCGCCGAACGCUCUGGGCUCAGGCCAGUCAAACCCAACCUUUUAUCUUCAGAAGGAUGGGCAGGCUUAUGUACUCAGGAAGAAGCCUCAUGGUCCCCUUUUACCUGGAGCUCACAAGAUUGAUAGAGAAUAUCAGGUGCAGAAAGCCUUAUUUUCAGCUGGAUUUCCAGUCCCUGAGCCCCUGAUGUACUGCAGUGAUGUUUCUGUCAUUGGAACAGAGUUUUAUGUAAUGCAGCAUGUGCAGGGUCGCAUCUUCCGAGAUGUCUCGCUGCCUGAAGUGGGCCCGGCAGAGCGUUCUGCUUGUUACAUUGCAAUGAUAGAAACGCUGGCCCUGCUGUGCUCUUUGGACCUGAAGUCUUUGGGCCUCCAAGGAUAUGGCAGAGGACCAGGAUACUGCAGAAGACAGGUGUCAACUUGGAAAAAACAGUACGAUGCUGCUGCUCAUACGGAUAUUCCUGCCAUGAACCAGCUGGCUGAGUGGUUAACAAACAACUUGCCACCUGAUGACAAUGAGGAGACACUGGUUCAUGGGGAUUUUAGAAUAGAUAACAUCAUCUUCCACCCAACAGAGGCUCGUGUUUUGGCAGUGCUGGACUGGGAACUUUCAACUACUGGUCAUCCUUUGACAGAUUUUGCAUAUGCCACUUUCUUCUACUUUUGGCCUACCUCUGUUAAGGAGUUAGGUGAAGGAUCUGUCGCUCGUUACAAAGGAAAUAUAGAAACUCCUUCAUUUGAAGAACUGAUUUCCAUUUAUUGCCGCUGCCGUCGUAUUAGCUCUACUAUUCCCAACUUGAAUUUUUUUCUUGCUUUAUCAUAUUUUAAAAUGGCAGGAAUAUUCCAGGGCAUAUAUGCUAGAUAUCUCCUUGGAAAUGCUUCUGCAGAGAAUAGUCAUGAAUUUGCUGAGAUAGUGAAGCCUUUGGCAGAGAGAGGGUUAGAGCUCUCAAAAAGAUCAUCUUUCAGCAGCAAAGCAGAUCACAGAAUUUCAGGAGACUUCCAUCAAAGCAGCAAAGGCAAAGAAAUUCUGCUGAAGGUAAAGCAGUUCAUGGCACAGCACAUAUACCCAGCAGAGAAGAAAAUGCUAAAAUAUAUUGCUGAACAUGGAAGAAGUGAGGAAAAAUGGAAGAAACCACCACUGCUUGAGAAACUGAAGGAAAUGGCGAAAGCAGAAGGGCUGUGGAACCUUUUUCUCCCAGCUAUCAGUGGUCUCAGCCAGCUUGACUACGCGUUAAUAGCUGAAGAGACUGGGAAAUGUUUCUUUGCCCCUGAAGUUUUCAACUGUCACGCGCCUGACACUGGAAACAUGGAGGUCCUGCACAUGUAUGGAACUGAAGAGCAAAAGAAGAAGUGGCUUGAGCCUCUCCUUGAAGGGAAGAUUAGUUCUUGCUUCUGCAUGACAGAACCUGAUGUAGCUUCAAGUGAUGCCACCAAUAUGCAAUGCAGCAUUGAGCGAGAUGGAGACAGCUACGUGAUUAAUGGCAAGAAGUGGUGGAGCAGUGGUGCUGCAAAUCCAAAUUGCAAGAUUGCAAUUGUAAUGGGCAGAACCCCAAAUUCCUCAGCAUCCAGGCACAAGCAGCACAGCAUGGUCCUUGUUCCUAUGGACAGUCCAGGCGUGAAGCUGAUAAGACCCCUCUCACUGUUUGGUUACCUGGAUGAGCUCCACGGAGGACAUUUUGAGGUACACUUCACUGAUGUGCGAGUACCUGUGUCUAAUAUAAUACUAGGUGAAGGAAGAGGGUUCGAGAUAGCUCAGGGUCGCCUUGGGCCGGGCCGCAUUCACCACUGCAUGAGGACGAUUGGCGCCGCCGAGGCCGCCCUGGAGAUCCUGUGCAAGCGCGCGGCAGAGCGGGAGGCCUUUGGCAAGAAGCUCUACAACCAUGAAGUGGUUGCCCACUGGAUUGCUGAGAGCCGCCUCACCAUAGAGCAAGCCCGACUGCUCACACUGAAAACGGCCAGCCUGAUCGACCGGCUGGGCAACAGGCACGCGCGGAAGGAGGUAGCCAUGACCAAAGUGGUUGUGCCUAGAGCUGCCCUUAAAGUGAUCGACCACGCAAUCCAAGUCUGUGGUGGAGGUGGAGUGUCGCAGGAUUUUCCCUUGGCUGCCAUGUUUGCUAACGUACGGGCCCUGCGCCUGGCCGACGGGCCUGAUGAAGUUCAUCUCUCCACCAUUGCAGAACAGGAGCUACGUGACCAGGCAAAGAAGCUCACUGCAAAAAUCUAA